AUGGAUUCUACUGGAUAUCUUAGUGCGCAUCUGUGGAAUGGAGGCGAUGUAACCAGCAAUGGUCCCAUACUUCCGUUAAAUAGCUGGACACAUAUUGGAUAUACAUAUAGCUCGAGUAAUGGUAUUCAAUUAUAUGUAAAUGGCGCUCUGUAUUCAACGACAAGUAGUUUUUCAUUUUCUGCCUCUGGUGUUCCUAUGUAUAUGAUAUUGGGCAGUGAUGGUGGUCGAACUGGCUGUUCUCCAGGUUUUGGCGGUUCGUUUACUGGUGCUUUCGAUGAAUUUUAUGUACAUAGUUGUGAAUUAACGGCAUCACAAGUUAAUUCAUUAGCAAAUCCUUAA